ACACUUACACAAAACCCUAACUCUUGCACUCAUUUCUUGCUUCAGAGCCGCAUUAGGGUUUCAGAGAGAGAGAGAGGAGAGCUCGAGAACAAUGGUGUCUGGUUCAGGUAUCUGCGCAAAGCGCGUUGUGGUGGAUGCCCGCCACCACAUGCUCGGCCGCCUGUCGUCGAUCCUCGCCAAGGAGCUGCUUAAUGGCCAGAAGGUAGUGGUUGUUCGCGCGGAGGAGAUCUGUAUCUCCGGUGGGCUGGUGAGGCAGAAGAUGAAGUACAUGAGGUUCUUGCGUAAGCGCAUGAACACCAAGCCUUCUCAUGGUCCUAUCCACUUCCGCGCCCCUGCUAAGAUCCUCUGGCGCACCAUCCGUGGGAUGAUUCCCCAUAAGACUAAGCGUGGUGCUGCUGCACUUGCUCGUUUGAAGGCAUAUGAGGGUAUUCCACCUCCAUAUGACAAGGUUAAGAGGAUGGUCAUUCCUGAUGCACUCAAGGUCUUGAGGCUCCAAGCAGGACACAAGUACUGUUUGUUGGGCAAGCUUUCUUCUGAGGUUGGAUGGAACCACUACGAGACCAUCAAGGAGCUUGAGAACAAGAGAAAGGAGAGAGCCCAGGUUGCUUAUGAGAGGAAGAAACAGUUGAACAAACUGAGGGUGAAAGCAGAAAAGGUUGCUGAGGAGAAACUAGGACCCCAGCUUGAGAUCAUUGCCCCCAUUAAAUAUUGAUGAGUAGAAUUUUUUGUUUUAAGAUGAUAAUGUUGUUGACGAUUGAGUUGCGGAGUUCAAUUUUGUUCGUGUUAUGACACUUCGUUGUUUGCUCUAAUAGCUUAAGCAUUUGCGUAGUUGUUUCUGAUACAUAUCUUUCACUUGUUUGGGAUUUGGUAUUCAUGAAGUGGCUAAAUCACUCUUUUAUGAA